UGCUAUCUUAACAAUGGUAAUGAAUUUUUUACGGGGUUUUUGCGUGGGAGGCACGACAUUUUUUUUUUAUUUGUAUUUUAAUUAUAAUUUAUUAAUGAAAUGAUACCCAGUGUCAAUAACAUUAUACUAACAAAUAUGAUAGAGGUAUUGGCUAAUGAUAGGUUGGGUAAGAAGAUACGAGUAAAGUGUCUUCCAACCGAUACGAUUGGAGAUUUGAAGAAAAUAAUCUCAUUGCAAAUAGGUACACCAUACGAUAAGUUAGUACUAAAGAAAGGUAACAGUGUAUACAAGGAUCAUAUAAGUUUAGAUGAUUAUGAAGUUCAUGAUGGAUUCAAUUUUGAAUUAUAUUACGGAUAAGUUGAUUACAUAUUAAGUUAUACAAAAAAAUUGUAUAUAUAUUCUA